UUUUUAGUACUUGAGCAAGCAUAUGUUAUUGACAAGUUAUUACAUAACCUAACUUUUAAAUUGACAUGUGAUGACUAGUGUUUGCAUAAAAACCGACAAGAUGAAUUGAUAUUCGUGCCGGGGAGAAGGUUCAACUGGAGGAGACAGUUUCUAGAGGAACAAUCCACGAGGAAUCGUUAUGGAUGUGAGCGCGUUAUUCAAGGCCAGCGUGAGGACGGUGGACUCGCGCAACAAAGACCUCGGCAACCCGGACAGCUCCCCGCCGAAGAGAACCGGUGCCAAGAGUACCUUCUGCUUGAAGGCGCACGCGGUCGUCGUGCAGAUCUCAAAGCUGCGCGAGUUCCUGCUGGAGAAUCGUAAAGCCUACCUGAACUUCUCCAGCUACCUGUCAUCCGCGCCGCAAAUGACAGACGCGGAACGCGACGAGAUCGACGUCGGGGGACAGCGGAUAAUGAGCACCUGCUCACAGCUGGUCAAGGAUCUCAGGAGAGAAAUCGCGACAUCCGCGGAAGAUUUGUCCCGGCAGAACGUCGAGCACCGCGAGAUCAUGUUGCUGCUGAUAGAGGAUUAUCUUAAGAACGUAUGUCACAUAUACUCGGAACAGAAGGCUAUGCGGGUGAAGAGAACUGUAGAGAUGCAGAGGAUCUCCAAGUUACAGGCGGAGCCUAAACUCGAUCGAUCAGACAUCAGGAAAUCGGCAUUGAAUGCGACAGAGAGAUCCACGGAUGAUCGCGAGACUAGAAGUCUGUCGAACGAAUCGAGUCCGAUGAAGAUACAAGAGAUCAACGAGGAUGUUACGAAUACGUUGACGUAUGAAGAAGAAUUGUCAGCUGAAGAUAUCCAGAUGUUCGAAUCGGAGAAUGAACAAUUAUAUAACGAACUGAAUAACGUGACAGAGGAAGUUAAACAGAUCGAGAGCAAAGUGAUUCACAUUGCCGAACUUCAGGAGAUCUUUACGGAAAAGGUUCUGGAUCAAGACAAGGAUCUAGACAGACUGAUGACAACGGUGGUCGGAUCCACGGAGAACGUGAAGGAAGCCAACGAGCAGAUUCGACAAGCAAUUCAACGGAACGCCGGUCUCAGGGUGUGGAUCCUCUUUUUCCUUCUGGUAAUGUCGUUUUCGCUAUUGUUUCUCGAUUGGUACAAUCCAUAAGAGUUACUUAAUCUUAAUUACUACUAUAUGUGAGGAAAGGAAGAUUAUUUGCAAAAAAUAUUGAUACAAUCUAUAAAAUGUAAAUUUUUAAUUAUUAAUUUGCAAUUAUUCUUAAUAAAUUAUAUUAAAUUUUAUGGAUUGUAUCAAUUUGCAUAAUUUUUUUGUAAGUAUAAAGCGGCGAUUUAAGAAAAAAUAGAAGAGUUUAAGAAGAGAGAAGUAAAAAUAUCUCCCAAAA